AUGUUUACUUUGAGACCACAUUAAAAAGUGCUAUUUAAUUUUGGUCAAUUAUAUCCCAUAUAUACAAAAUCAGAAUUCUGGAGAUUAUUAUUGAGUCUAGAACAACAUAAAAACGAAACUCAUUUAUUUUUUUCAUUAUUGUUUAAAAUGCAUUUCUUUUCCUUUAUUGAACAUAAUAUUGGAUUUAAGAAUACUAUGUUAAUAUAUUUUAUGAGUGGAAUCUCUUCAACUCUAUUUUAAGCUAUUGUUAGUUAAUAAGUUGGGUAAUAUAAAUGUCAUUUAAUUAUAAUAGAGUUUGUGGUUCAUUUCAUGUAGGGGCAAUUGGUUAUGCUUUAUAUUUGUAACAAUAAAUGUUAUGUAAAUAUACAAUAUUAUAAGCAAGAAAAAUGUUCAGCAUAAUAAUAAUUAUAAUUUUAUUUUGAUCUUCAAGUGAGUCAAGAUUAUGGUCUCACUUUAAUUAAAGUAGCUAUUGUAUUAUCUGUAAUGUAUAUAACAAGUCUAAAAUUUCAUGGAAUUUUAAUGAUUGGUUCUCUUCUAUUUGGAAUUUAAUGUAUGAUAUUGGGAUAAUACUUUUCAUAUGAGUAAAAGAAAUAGCAAUAAUUGUAAUUAACUAAUAGUACUAAAUAAACUUAAUUAAUUAAAUACAUUUAUUUAGGUGGCUCUAUUGUUGUUAUCAUUACAGAAUUGAUUGUAUUUUUUCAAUUAAAAAAUCAUAUCGAAAUUUGA